CAACAGUGGCGUAGUCGACAGGGCUCAGCCGGCAGAAGUGUUGAAUUGUGCAGCGGUUUAAAAGAAACAAUGGCAUCGGGCGAAUCUCCGUUUAAAGCGUCAAUGAAAUUUAACAUCGCUUUGUUGCGUGCCGUGGCUGAUAAACCCAUAUUAUAUGAUCGAAAUAAUGCAAAUUAUCGGAAAAGGCUACACACAGACAAUUGUUGGGACGUCGUGGCCGCGGAAAUCGGAGAGAGCGUUGAAAAAUGCAAGGGUCGCUGGCGUCAAAUACGCAACGAUUACUGGCGGUGGUUGAUGGCCGAUGCCCACAAGCGUCGAUCGGGUCAGAAGCGACCGCCCUUCCAUCUCGCCGACGAAUUGAAGUUUCUAACGCCGCACAUCUUGUCAGCCGACGGUCAAGUGACCGCCGACGACGAGCACAAGCGCGACAGCAUGUCGGCCGAUCGCGAGCAGGACGGCAAGAGAGCUUCGCUUCCACAGGUGAAUGCGCGGGCUUUUAACAGCGAGCAGUCGCCGAGCAAUAGGGCAGUCCAGCGACGUUCAACGCCGCAGCCACAUCAAAUGGACGAGCAGAACAACAAUAAAAACAAAAAGGAUAACGAACGUAUCGCACAGGAUCAGGAAAGCGAGCAUAGAGAGGUGAACGUGCCGCGCAGUAGUGUGCAAUCGGUCGAUUUGGCUACUGAUGACGACGAGACGGACCCCAAACCUGCAUCUCAAAAGGAAUCCGAACAGCAGGACGAAGGGGAGCGGGAGGCAAGCUCUGGGUCUUCAUCGCCCUCGCCACGAGCCGAGUUCUUUAUCAAGCAAAGUGCUAGUGGCAGCAAUCCUAAUAGUCUGCUCAUCAUUAGCAAGAAACAGUCGCGCACUCCCGAUCCACUGGAGCAGCCUAUGGAGGAGCCGCGUGCACGCGUAGGAAGGCCCGUCGGUCGGCCACGACGCACCGAGCGUUCCGAAAUGCCCAUCAAGACCGUGCCAGUGCAGCGCAUGACGCGUCUUCAGCGCCGCAAGUCAAUGUGCUUGGGUGUGGCGGAGAGCAUGCGCAGCUCAACGUCUCCGGUAAAGAUGGCCCCAGUGCCCCGACAGAUCAGUCAACAGAAGCAGUCACAAAAUGCCAAGGCGGCUACAAAUUCUGCGUUGCGAUUGCCCCAUGACGAUAUCUUUCCCAGGCCCAAUGCCAGUGUCAGCAGUGCUCCAAAAACUCUGAUUUUUCCCCCAAAUCGUCGCAGUUCAAUAUCGCCGGCAGCAAGCACAGAAUUUACCUCGGCAUUAUCUAAGGCAAAUGCAAUAGUUUCUAAAUUUGGUGCGACAGCAGCUAAAGGGUCGAGCCCAGCUGCAGAAGCAACAGAAACCAGCUUGUCUUCUUCCGCUACUUCUUCUCCAGCUGUCAAAGUCACUGCACCCAAACGUGUAACUAUCGGUGGGACAACUAUUGUAGCGGCCAAAACCCCAACCACAACCCCAACACCCACUGCCACAGUCGCAGUAGCAGCCUCAGCCGUAGCCUCCGCCACUGCCUCUCAGCAGCAGCGUCAGUCGUCGCCACAAGACAUUGGCAACAUAAUAGAACUUAUUGAUCCUUUUCAGAUCAACAGCAGUAGUACAGAGCAGCUUAACAGUGCCACCACCACCACCACCAGCACCAGCACUUCCACAAGCGCCACCUCCAAUGACAACAAUGUGGUCAUCACUACAAUCCCCUCUCCGAUUGUGUUGCCCGUUCGGCAGGACUGCGCCACCCAAUACGAGAACAUGGACAUCUUUAGCGAUGAGCACUUUCUGGAAAUCGUACGCCCACAAAUGGCCGAAAUGAAUGCGCGCCAGAAACUAAAGUUCAAGCAGAAGAUCUUACAAUCACUGAUGGAGACUUUCGAUGAUGCCACAGACUUUCCGAACGCCGGCGAGGUGCAGCACUUCAACAUAAAUACGCCCUCAAACUUCGAGCACGUCACCGAUCCGGAACUGCGACUGGUUAGAGAGCUUGCCGCGUUAGUUAGCGCGGCCAAGUUCAGCGCCGGGCUUUCCCACUCGCCCCCAGCUUCGGUGCAGCUCAGAUCGCGCACUGGCGAGGAGAUUAGUGUGCCACGGCACAUUUUGCAACGGAUCUGUAAGCAACCCGGUACAGCAGCCGUCACUGCUAUUGCCGAGAGUCAGGAUAAGCGCUUUUAUCGCAUACUGCAGAUGCCGGGACCGAAGGCCGGAGGUGCGGCUAAUGGUAAUGGCGCCUCAGGUGCUGCUACUUCCCCAGGUGCACCGGUAAUUGGGCAACGUUCAGCAAAUGCUGCUGAGGGUGCCUCGCCGGCAGCUGGUGGGGGCACAGCCUUUGCAGUGCCAGCCGCCAGGAUCACAACUGUCUCCAAGGCUCAGGACACGAACGUCGUUGGCAACGUCACUGGCAGUCCACUUUCAGCGCUUUUCGGAAAUAAUCCGAAUGCGAAUGCCAUCAACAAAAAUUCCACCACACCCACUGGUACACCCAUCGCUGGUGGUAGUGCUGCUACGUCAGCCAAUACUAUACGCCAGAUGAAUCGUCGCUACUCUAUUUGUGGCACCGGUGGUCCGGUGCAUGCCAGGGUGCUCCACAAGCCAAGUCCCGGCAUUUUGAACGAAUUCGACAACGCCAGCUUGCUGAAGCGUCGCAUGAUGUCGCCCGGACAGGCUGCAGUGCCGCAGCAGCGUCCACGCUACUCGAAUACUGCGUCCGCAAAUCCGACAAAUGGUGUGGCGGGCCAAAAUCCGCUCGUUCGAGCCAACAGCAAACAAUCAAUUGGCACCAACAACAGGCAGCCAUCGCCCUCAAGCAUUAAAACUCCACAAAUAGCCAGUGUGGCCAGCGGUGAACAAGUCUUUACGAAGCCGCAGGCUCGUACCAUUGAAAUCUCACCACAAAAGCGCCCCAACCUGGUGGUGGCCAAUCCCAAAGGUGGAACCACCGUUACCGCACGUCCCAACAACUCGAAGAGCCUCGCCAGUCGUGCCCAAACUUUGAAUCAGCUGCUGGGCGAGAUUCGCAAGACGGUGCCCCAGAAAACAUCGAAUACUAUGUCGGGAGUGUGUGGCAAGCAACAGGAAACAGCGGCCACCAUUGCCGCCGAUAAUUUCUCGCUGGCCUCCUUGAAACGUGAGCCCCAGGAUAUCGAUGACAACGAUGAUAUUUUGGGCAUGUAAGAGCCGAGGUGUUAACCAAAGCAUCAACCAUUAUUUACAUUCGCUUAAGAGAGAACAAAAACCAACCCAUUGCUUUUAUAAAUAAUUAUCUGAUUUAUUAAUGUUUUCAUA